UUGCCGGCAACCGGCAACAAGCAUUAGGGUGCUAUCCCAAGGAGCGGCAGCGAAAGAGGGAUAAUAGGGAAUAGGCAACAAUGGAAUGCUCGCGAUUUGUUGCGCACGGGAUCGAAUCGGAAAGCACUCAAAGCACAACAAACCGAGACCGCUACGGCUCUGGCUCUGCUUCCUACAGUUGCUCCUGCUUUGAAUUAAAGUUGAAAUUUGAUAAACAACAUGGCGUCCGCUGUUAGCUAUUUUUUCGUACUUGCAAUUUUCUCUGUUUUUCUCGCGAAUGCCGCGAAUAGUUAUUAUGCGUUCGCGAGAGUCGAGAGUUGUAGUGGUUGUUCACUCAAUCGAUUGCCGGACGUCAAACAAUUUAUCAAUGAAGAUUUGCCAAAGUACAACAAUGUAGAAUUCAAACAUAUACAAGGUGCAAUACCAGAGCUUGUACUGUUCAACGAAUAUGAAGAGGAAGUGGAGCGAUUGGUGUUGUCUAGAUUGACACGAGAAGAAUGUAAUGAGCUAUUAGUCUCUAAAGGUUUUGUUAAAAAAUCUAAAGACAAUAAGGACGAAAUGUAAAUCUUCAAAUAUAUGUGUAUACUUAUCGUAAGAAACAUUAGCCUAGUCAUAAAUAAUGCUAGAAAAAAGAAUUAUUGUUAAAAAAGUUAUUUUCAGUUUCAAAGCUUGUGCAACUUUUGUUUAUAACUUAUGUCUGUAUUACUAUAUUUAAUAAUUUUUAGAAUAGUUUUUUAGAAGAGAUACACAUAGAUAUUUAAAAUAUGAAAAAAUUUAUAUCAUUUUCAUAGUAUUAAGAAAAUAAGCAAUAUAUGAUAAAAAAAGUGACAAAUGAGAUAUUAGAAUCUUUUGACAAAUUGUUUUCUUCCUUUAAUUGUUAUUAUCUCCAUAGUACAUUAAUGAAGUAGGAAAGGAAGAAGGGAGAAUGUUAACGUUUGCAAGUUACAAUUUGUGGAUAAUGAUACUACAUCUAGGAAAUAACAUUUGUAUAUUACAGAAUAUUUUCUAAGCUUUCUUUAUUUACACUAUAUUUUUUAUUUCUAGUAAUUCUUCAAAUUUUCAUAAAGUUUUUAUCAUAUCUCAAAGAAAUUAAAAUUAUUUUUUUACUGUACAUUUUUUUUUACAAUAGUAAGCAUCUUUCAACUAGUCCUCAACACACGUGUAUGUUAUUAUUAAGUUAUUUUUAGGUUAUUUUUAAAAUUAUAUCUGAUUAUAGCCUUUUUAUAAUGUACCAAAUCUUUGGCAUUGUAUAUUACAGCUGGUUUUUUGCAGAGACUGGAUUUAUAAAGAAGUGACAUGUUAUAA